AAUGUACGAUGAUGAAGAUUACGAUAUUUUGAUGAAAAUAAUUAUAGUAGGUGAUUCAGGAGUUGGGAAAACUAAUUUAGUGAAUCGUUUUGCUUAACAAACAUUCCUUGAUGAUAGUAAACCUACUGUCGGAGUUGAAUUCUUUUCUCGGAACAUUGACAUUAUGGGGAAAACGAUUAAGGCUCAAGUAUGGGAUACAGCUGGAUAAGAGAAGUAUAUAUAAUUUAAAUUGAGAUUUCGAGCAAUAACUUAUGGAUAUUAUAGAGGUGCUAUGGGUGCAAUGAUCUGUUAUGAUAUUACAAAGGAAUAAUCAUUUUUGAAUGUGGAGAAAUGGAUAGAUGAAUUAAAAGAUCAUGGAGAUAGUAAUUUGAUCACAAUGUUGAUAGGGACUAAGUCAGAUUUAGAGAGUAAAAGAGUAUGGUAAUAAUUUCAAUUAGGUUGUGAGAAUUGAGGAUGGAACAUAGAAGGCAUUAUAACAUAAUAUGGCAUUUUUAGAGACAUCAUCAUUAAAAGCAGCAAAUGUUGGCAAAGCAUUUUCAAUGUUAUUAGAAAGUAUAAAUGAGAAUUAAUUUUAGAGAUUUAUGUAGGUAUUGACAAUUAAGGAAAAGAAUAUUAGAAAAGAGCAAGUUUAAAGUUAAUGUCUGAACCAAUAUAAAUUUAAAUUGCUGAUAAAUCUACAAAAGAAGAUAAAAAUAAAUCAAAGAAGCAAUGUUGUUGAG